AUUGGAGGUUCUCUGGUUUGACAAGUAGGCGAAAUUUGUCGAACUGUUUAUUGUGAGAAUAGAAGUAGUGUUAUUGUAUAGUAGCACUAGGCAGGUAUAGUUGGCUUAAAACUACGUAAUAUAGAAACAAGAUUAUUGUUGUACUUAGUAUUUUUGAAAUUUCUGCCAAACAUGUCAAGUGGUCCAUAUAACUAUUCAUAUAUCUUCAAAUAUAUAAUAAUCGGUGAUAUGGGAGUAGGCAAAUCAUGUCUGCUUCACCAAUUUACCGAAAAAAAAUUUAUGGCUGAUUGUCCACACACAAUCGGUGUCGAAUUUGGAACCCGUAUCAUUGAAGUUUGCGGGCAAAAAAUUAAGCUUCAAAUUUGGGACACUGCUGGUCAGGAACGUUUUAGAGCUGUCACAAGAUCUUAUUACAGAGGGGCCGCUGGUGCCCUUAUGGUAUAUGAUAUAACCAGGCGAUCUACAUACAACCAUCUAAGCAGUUGGUUGACUGAUGCUAGAAAUUUAACUAACCCAAGUACUGUUAUUUUUUUGAUUGGAAAUAAGUGUGAUCUUGAAGGACAAAGGGAUGUUACAUAUGAAGAAGCUAGUAAAUUUGCUGAAGAAAAUGGUUUAAUGUUCGUUGAAGCUAGUGCAAAAACUGGAGACAACGUUGAAGAAGCUUUUUUAGAAACUGCAAAGAAAAUAUAUCAGAGCAUUCAAGAUGGGCGAUUGGACUUAAACGCAGCUGAGUCUGGGGUUCAACAUAAACCAUCUCAGCCAGGUCGUAACAAUCUUUCUAACGAACAGCAACCAAACAAAGAUGACUGUCGGUGCUAGUUUUUUUCAGGAUUACUAUGAAAAUUUCUAUUAUUUAAUAUUUAAAAGAUAUAUAUUCCAAAUUGUUUCGUCUGGUAUUGUAGGUAUUGAAAUUUUAUUUUUUUAGUAAAGGAAAACAGUUUUAUGAUCUGAGCAUAUAGUGAUUAUCAUCAAAAAAUAUUCCAAUUUUAUUGCUAUACCUUAUAGAUAAUAAUGUAUACAAAGAAUUUAUAUCAGUUUUUAAUUUAAUUACUAUGCUAAUGAAUGCUUUCUUGUAUAGGUUUGCUGGAGAAAUAUGAUGUUUAGUGUAAUGUCAGAAUGUCAGUAUUGGCAUAAGUAUAUGGUAUACAUGUUGCAUUUUUUAACUGGUAGCUUGUUUUUAAUACAUGUAAUUGUUGUGUUCAAUGCUUUUAAGUUUCAUAAAUAGCCGUUAAUGCUAUCUGCUUGGAGAGCUUUUUAUUUCUUAAAUUGUCAGAAAAUCCAGCUCAAAAAAAUUAUCCAAUUAAUGAAGUCAUAAAUCUCAGAUAUAUUUUCACAUACAGUGCACGAAGUUGUAUAUGAUAUAUUAUGUCGUAUGGGUAUACCUUACUAAGUCCUCUCUUUCAAUUUCUGGUGACUUUAUCAAUUACUAAAGGAUAAUGUGUUUCUGAACUGAGAAAUGGAUUAUAUUUUGUAAGCAAUAACUUCCUAUAUUUCAUUUCAAGGAACAGAAAUAAUGGAUUUUUCACUAUGAGACCACAAAAUUGUACCUAGUAAGUCUAUAUAAGUUUUGUGUUACAUUAAAUGUUAAUCCAGUUAGAUAUAGGAUAGAUAUUGUUGCACAAUAGUUUUGUAUUUUUUUGUUAAAAUUUUUUUUUUUCAAUUGGAAUAAAAUUGUUUCAAAAAU